AUGACCAAAGAAGACGUCGAGCAGACAGCUCCUGAUGUUAGCUACGAGGAGCUUGCGGCGAUCGAGCACGACUUUGAGGAAGCCGAGCUCGACAUUAUCCGCGCAACCACCAAGCGCUUUGCGCCUCUCUACAUCAAGCGCAAGGCCAUCAUCGACAAGAUCCCUGCCUUCUGGGCGUUGGUCCUCGAACAGGCGCCUCCCGAGCUCGACCAAUUCAUCCAGCCCUCCGACAGCCAGGUCUUUGCCGAUGCUCUGACCGACAUGUCCGUCUCGCGCUUUGAGAUUGAUGACCCGGCUGGCUCUCCCCGCAGUAUCAGCAUUACCUUUACCUUCUCCGAGAAUGAGUACUUCACGAACAAGACGUUGAACAAGAAGUUCUGGUAUCGUCGCAGCAGCGAGGACCACGUUACCCUGGUCAGCGAGCCUGUGCAGAUCGACUGGAAAGAGGGCAAGGACCUCACAAACGGACUGAACGCUGCUGUGAUUUCUCUCUGGAAGGCUCGCGCUGGGGCCGCCAAGGGCACCAAGCAGAGCGAGAUUCCAGAGUUCAAGAAGCUGUUGAAGGUGAUUGAGCAGAGCGAGACGGAUGAGGCGCUGAGCUUCUUCACUUGGUUCAGCUUCGUGAGCGACUCGCGCUGGAUCAGCGCCGAGGAGAGCGCCGAGGCAACAAAGAAGGCUCGCGAGGAGCGCAACAAGCCCAAGGUCGACAAGAAAGAGGAGGAGCCAGAGAUGGUCGAUGCCGAGGAUCUGGAGCUUGAUAUCUUGAGCGAAGUCCAUGGUGCUGGGGCGGAGAUUGCGAACAUCAUUGCCGAGGACGUCUGGCCUAACGCCAUUGAGUACUACACCCAAUCCCAGUUCGACGACGAGGAACUCUCCGAGCUCGACGAAGACGAGGAAAUGGACGACGAUUCCGAGGGCGAGGAGGUCGAUAUCCGCGCGCUUGUUGGCAAGGGCAAGACCUCAAACUCCCCCCCUCCUCCCAAGAAGCGCAAGGCCUAG